AUGUCCAAAUUCAACAAUGAGCUAGCUCAACGGCUAGCCAGCCUUCCAGUCGCCGCCGCCGCCGCCGACGGGAACGCCUCCGUGGGGAACCGAUGGUGUCAACUGCUGGACACGGCCCAGGCGACAGCCCUGGCUGUCCUAAAUCGCGCACGUCGCCAAGAUAAGGACCGAUUCGAAGACAAUUUCGUCGCCAUCAGCAGUCUGUUUGCCGAGAACUGCCUGAACAAAGCCUGGUGA